UUAAAAAUCAAAUUGUUCGCAGCCCAAUUAGUUUUAGUUACUUGGGAACACACUCUCUCUCACAGCCUUAUAUAAAAACCCUACCCUCCUCUUUUUCAGCAGAGGGCACAGCUUCCCCUUUUCUCCUACAAUUUUCUCUCUUCAUUUCCAGAUUCUGGUACGAAUUUAAUUUACAAAAUCUGAUCCACCUAGUAUUUUGUGAUUUGGGUAUCAAUUAUAUCUGUCUUUCUUUUGCUUCACAUUUGCAAAGACAAUCUAGGGUUUGGACUGAGAAGAACCAUGACUGACGCUUUUGAUGACGAAGCAGAGCCGACGAUCUCAAUUGGCGAUUACCUCCAGGGUGUUGAGGAACAGGAGCUCGAAGCGGAUUUGGUACUCGGCGGUGAUGAGGGUAAAGAAUGCACAUAUGGAAAAGGUUACAUGAAGAGGCAGGCAAUUUUCUCAUGCUUGACAUGCACACCAGAUGGUAAUGCUGGGGUUUGCACAGCCUGUAGUUUGUCUUGCCAUGAUGGGCAUGAGAUUGUGGAACUUUGGACCAAAAGGAAGUUUAGGUGUGAUUGUGGAAAUUCAAAAUUUGGAGAGGCUUACUGUAAGCUUUUGCCGAAUAAGGAUGUGGAAAAUGUGGAGAAUUCGUACAAUCAUAAUUUUAAAGGUUUAUAUUGUACAUGCAAUCGGCCCUACCCUGAUCCAGAUGCUGAAGAGCAGGAAGAGAUGAUACAGUGCUGUAUCUGCGAGGACUGGUUCCACGAGGAGCAUCUGGGUCUCGAACCUUCUGAUGAGAUACCAAGAGAUGAAGAAGGGGAGCCGUUAUACGAAGAUCUAAUAUGUCAAAGCUGCUCCAACAUGUGUUUCUUUUUGACUCUUUAUCCUCAAACAUUCAGGGUGAAGCAGCAGAAGGUACUGACUUCUUCACAGGACAAAGGAGCCGAAAAUGCUGAUUCAUGUUCGGAGCAGCAAAAUGGAAAUUGUAUCUUUGAAGCCUCUGCUGGAGAUACCAUGCCCAGAGAUGUCUCUCUUGGGAAGGGUAUUCUGGUUGAAGAAACUAAAGCUAGCAACAUAGUGCUACAGGAUGGCAAUUCAAAUGCGGGUCCAAGUAAAGCAUGUGUUCUUGAUGAAAAUCUGCUUGAGUCGGAACUUAAACCGGAAAAAAGUGAAGCAAUGUUUCUUUGUAAAAAUUGGAGAGAAGCUCUCUGCAGAUGUCAAAAGUGUUUGGAGUUCUACACCCAGAAGGGAAUCAGUUUCUUGGUUGACAAAGAGGAUUCCAUUGCUGAAUAUGAGAAAAUGGCAAAGCAGAAAAGGGAUGAAAAACUGCAGGAACAACAGGGACAGGAAUUGAAUUUUCUUAACAAACUAGGUCAUGUUGAGAAAAUGGAGUUUUUGACUGGCAUUGCUGAUAUGAAAAGUGAACUUCAUUCUUUCCUGGAGUCAUUUGAUGCAUCAAAACCGAUCACAGCUGAUGAUGUUCACCAGGUGUUUGAGAAUCUUGCUAAAAAGCGAAAGCGGAAUCCAUGAGUACCCGUGGAUUUGAUCACACUAUGCAUACUGGUGUUGCUGUUUGUCCUUCAUGAUGGGCUUACCUGCAUGGUUGUGACCAAUAACUUCGUAUGAGAAAUAUGACUUGAAGUUAACUUGUAGGAUAAUGUAAUCAUCGACCUUAACCUUUGUGUGUGUGUGUGUGUGUGUGUGUUUUUUUUUUCCUUGUGCUAGUUGCUGCUUAGUUACAUGUUUGCUGGUACUUGAGGCUGUAGUUCCCUAAACUAUUUAGAGUAUUUAAGUCUAGAAUGCAAUGGUUUGUGGUUCGGAGUAUAUGUGACACGGCCUUAAAUGGUGGUUGUCUUCCUUCAUCACAUAACUUGAGUAAUUAAUUCGGAGUUCUAUGUCUCACUGCCUUUUGGAAACUCAUCCAAGCAUUUGCCGUUUUGAGAGUUCCAUGCUUUCUUCUGCAUAUCUUGUGUGUGUUUGUUUUCCCCUUACUGGAUUUAUUACAUACAUCCCAAGUUUACUAGCAAUUUUCAGAGUCAUCGUCAAGUGACAACACUCAGCUUUCUUUGCGGCUGAAUUUUGUUGCUUAGUUGUAUGGUUUUCAUUGUGCUUGGUUGUCUGCUCUUCUCUUCUUGCUGGUCUUUUUUUUUUUUGGUCAAACGUUGUUUUGUUGCGGGUGCACGCGGAUUGGUUAAGUUGAAUCAGUUACUUUGUUAGUAACUUGUAGUUCUGUGGAAGUGCUUGUAAAAAACUGUUAUGACGAUUUGAUGAUGUUAAGGUAUUCAAGUCCUCAUUCCUGA